AUGGCAUUUGCUCUUCAAGUGUUCUUCCUCCUUUGUGGGAUCAGUGGACUGUUGACCGGAGCUUGGUCUUGGCCUAGUGGUGAGGACAAAGAUGGUUGCUGUCCUAAGGACUGGACUCAGUUGGAUGACCACUGUUACAUUUUCCAAGAUGAUACCAGAACUUUUGCAGAUGCAGAGAGCGUUUGCAACAAUCUUGGUGGGAAUCUGGCCUCCAUCCGCAGUUAUGUGGAAAAUCUGGUCAUUGUGGGACUGGUCAAAGAGGGGGGUGCGGAGUUCACCUGGAUUGGACUACAUGAUGCCAUUGAGAAAGGAGACUUCAUUUGGACUGAUGGCACAGACUUUGAUUUUGAUCAUUUUGCCCUCGGAGAACCUGACGACACCGGCGACUGUGUCGAUCUUAGUGUAGCUGAUAGAACUUUUUUUGAUGAAGACUGCACCUUGGAAAAGCCGUAUGUUUGCAUCAGAGACACUUUCUACUGUGGCGGACACUAAUUAGCCCUCUUUAACUGUCUUUUCCCAAUCAUGCUGAAUCUACUCAGACAAUAUCAAACCUUAGU